UGGUCAAUGAAAAUAUUUCUAGUUUUUCCAAAGGGAUCGUGUUAUAAAGAUCGAAGGAGCAAAUAAAAGUGAAAAUAAUAUAUGUAUCUUCUUGGAUAAAAUUAUUCUUUUUAUAAAAUACCCGUAUAACAUUUCCAUUAAAACAGAAACUUUUUUGUGUAAGCAAUAGGAAUAUGUAUUUGUAGUUUUCGCAUGUGUAAAGAGAAUAUUAUACAAGCGUACAUUCAUAAUUAUACUUUGUGCUAAUAUAUUUUGAUAAUAAAUUAUAAUUUAAGAAAAAUUUUGAAGUAUACAUGAAGUAUGAGUAUAAUACAAAAAUUAUUCUUUCUUCUAAUAUUUAUUUUUAUUUCUUGAAUUUAAAAAAUCUCAAAAGUUAAAUUCGUAAUUUUAUAAUAAAAAUAUUUAAUAAUUUAGUGUUGUAAAUGAAAAAUAAAAAUAAAACAAAGUGAUUGUAUCGGUAAAUAAAAUAUAGAAAGAGAUAAGAAUAAAAUUUUGCCAUUCUUGAGAUAUUGAACGUGAAAGAUGAUAGAGUGAGAUAAAAAGAAGAAAACUUUUUAAUGGAAAACCAUGUGUGAAAAUUAUGGAAAAUUGUUUUUAUAACUUUUCUCAACUUUUUCUUAUAUUAUUGUUUUUGUAUACGAUCAGUUUGAAUCAAUAAUUGAAUAAUGUAAAAUAUGAAAAUUUGUGUAUGUGCACGUUAUACGUAAAUUAUUCAAAAUAAAUAAUUUAUAAAUAAAAAAACCCAAUUGUUUUUGCUCAAAAUUUUCGAUAUAAUUACCGAAAAUGCAAAAUAUUGUGAAUAAAAGCUGCCGGUUUUAUAUGUAACCUGCGAUAGAUGGUUUGGUGCCGGUUUUUGUUGUUAACUGGAGCUAAUAUCAACACAGUCCCCAUCAUUCAACUAACUCGAAACAUGAUGACUAUAUAUGUUGGAAAAAAUGUAAAGGAACUUUGAAGCACUCUUGGAAUUUUGUUGUAGUCAUGGAAGAAUUAUAUAAAUUUAUUCACAAUAAUCUACUAAUAAAAGAUUGCAAGAAGUAUAAAAAAUAAAAAAAUUAUUGCAGCAUUUAAAAUUUAAAUAAAAAAAUUAAUGAGAUAUAUAAAAAGAAGUAUUAAUUUUGAAAAUUUUGAAAACAUUUCUAUAUUAAGAAACGUACAACGAAAAUCUAAAGUGCAUUAAUAAAAAACAUUAACAGAAAAUGUCGCGUCGUGAACAUUCAAUGCCUCCGCCAUCAGGGUAUCCAGAAAGACGACGUGGUCGUUGUUUGGCGGCAAUAUGCGUUUUUUGGAAAUUUUUAUCAUCUUUCACAGUUUGUAUUUUAUCACAUGUAACAUUAAUAUCAUUAGUGGUGGCUUAUUGUGUCGGUGGUGCAGCACUAUUUGAAAAAUUGGAAGCUGAAAACGAAAUUGAGGUAAAACGUGGUAUUAGAAAAAUUCGCAAAAAUGUUUCAGAUUUUAUAUGGGAUCUCACUGAUAAACAAGAUUAUCUUCGUUUAGAAAAUUGGACUAGUGAAGUUGAAAAGAGAUUGGCGUUUUUUGAAACUGAAAUUUUGAGCGCUAUGAAAACUCAAGGCUGGGAUGGAAAUGAAGAUGAAAAUCAAUUACAAUGGACGUUUCAUGGCGCACUAUUUUAUUCAAUAAUUGUGAUAACUACGAUAGGGUAUGGGCAUAUUGCACCACGCACUGAUUGGGGAAAGGUAACAACAAUAUUCUAUGCUAUUAUUGGAAUUCCUUUAAUGUUAUUAUGUCUGUCGAAUAUUGGAGAUGUUAUGGCAACUUCGUUCAGAUUCCUAUAUUGGCGCAUAUGUUGUUAUGCAUGUACUCGACGACCAAAACGUCGACGUGCACGUAGCUCUACUAGAUUACGUUAUAGUCAAAGAUACUCAAGAUCUCAACCGCCAUCGACUGCAAUACGCCGUUCAAUAAGAGCAUCACAACGUUCAGCAGAUUCUGGUUUUGUAACAUAUGAUCCACCUGGAGGUCUCUUUCAUGCCUAUUCUGAUCCAGACAUCAGACUUUCAAAUUAUGAUGAAAUAAAUCAUCGACAUCGAAGAUUUAAUGAUGACGAUGAUGAAGUUUAUCGUCGUGGUGAUCGUAGAAUGGAACGGGAUUAUCCAAGAAGUCGUCGUAGUGAUCAUCAUCGAGAUUAUCGUAAUUUUGAUUAUGGUGAUAAUGAAGUGGAUUAUGACGUUGAAAGGCAGCCAUCAAAUCGAAAUUCAAGAUAUAGUAAUAGACAACAGCAACGUGAAAGAAUGCGGGAUCGACACACUGUUGAAAGAGAACGUAGUCUGUCGAGAGGAGAUAGUUUCAACACACCAACUGGUAAUAAACGUCCUUUAGGAUCUAGAACUAUGAGAUCUGGUUCUGUUGGUCGAGAUGUUUACUCAAUGACAGUACCGAGUCCUAAACACAAUCGCAGUAAAUCACAACCAAAUACACCAAAAUCCAGGGCAAAAUCGGUAGACCCUAGAACAAUGCGUUAUGAUGAAGUUGAUGACGAAGUAGCACGAAAAACACCGAUAUUAUGUAACCGUUGGGCGAUUGAUGAAAUGGAUCGACGUGAAUCACAUAUAUCUACAAGAGUAAAUAAGAGGAGAAGUUUUGGGGAUGAAAAUUGCGAAAGAAGUACAGUUUGUGAUGCUGGAGGUGCAAGUGGCAAUGGUAAUUCACCACGCUAUAAAUCUGUUCCGCCAAGAAAUUUUGGUUCAAAUUCAGAUCGCACAUCUAGUUAUCGCAAUAAUAUAGAUCGCGAUCGUGAUGAUAGAUAUGAUACACAACCAAGAUACGGAUCAAAAUUAGAUGUACCAGAAUCAUCUGGCUUGCGACGUAAUUAUGAAGGUGGAAGUCAACGUAGAAAAAAUAAUGACCGCGACUCAUAUUAUCAUAAAACGACACCACGUUCGUCGAGAAGUUCUCGUUAUGAUGAUUACUAUGAUGAUGAAUUUGAUGAAGAUAUUGAAAUGCAACCAAUACGAAGUGCAAGAGACCGUCCCAGAAUGUCCCGUAGACCAACUGUAACAGCCCAACCAUUACCCCCAUCACCACGUAUAAUGUCACCCAUGGGUUUCGCAGUUCAUCGUCAACAGCAAGCACGUAUGAAACCUGUUUAUGACGAUGAUUCAUGGAACGAUGAUGAUAUUACUGACCCAUAUGGUGAUAUGGCGCAAGUUAAUAGACCAGUACCAAUAUGGCUUUGUGUAUUUUUGGUUGUAAGCUACAUAAUAGCCGGAGCUUUUUUAUUUGCUUCUUGGGAAAAAUGGAGUUUUCUAGACUCAGCAUAUUUCUGUUUUAUAACAUUAACAACGAUUGGAUUUGGUGAUUUUGUUCCAGCUCAAGGUGUCAAAGAAAGCUCUAAGGAAUCGAUUGCUUUAUGUUCACUAUAUUUAUUAUUUGGUAUUGCACUGUUAGCAAUGAGUUUUAAUUUAGUACAAGAAGAAGUUAUUGCUAAUGUUAAAGAAAUUGCAAGACGAUUAGGUAUUCUUAAAGAACAAGAACCAAUCGAUGAGUAAAAAUGAAAAAAGAAAAAAAAACAAAAACCAAGCCAAAUUUAUACUUUAUACACAAUAAAAUUUAUUCGUUUUUUUGAAGAAAUGAAAGUAAAAAACGAUUGAAUGAAGGUACAUAACAUCACUAGCAGUAAUAACAGUACAUAAAAACAUUAAAUUUUACAUAUAAAAAUGAAAAGGAUGUUCAAGUAAUAAAAAAUAAAAUUUUGUAAAACAAAACAUCGCGAUAUGCAAAUAUAUGAAAGUAUGAAAAUGGUAUUGUUGGGAAUAAUGAUAACAAUGAGAAAGAAAGAACAAGAAAAUUUUAAUAAUUCAAUUAUAAAGUUAUGUAUAGAUUUUAUGUUCCAGGA